UUAUCUGAUUGGAGUUUAACCCAUUUGUUUUUUGCUUCAGUCCAGACAGACACCUAUUUAUCAACGAACACGUCGUGAAAUUGGGUAUCAAUUUCAUUUAGAUUUCCUCGAGAUGAAGCUAAUCUGGAUCUUAUCAACUUUCCUGGCAACGACGUCCUGUGGUGUGGUGGACUAUACGCGAUGUGGUGGAUCUGGAACUAGUUGGCAGUUGCGGGUGACGGAUUGUGAGGGUCCACUCUGCUACAUGAGGGCUGGGACGUCCUACCCCAUCCAAUGGGACAUGACUCCCAGCAUCCCCAUCGCUUCCCUGCGCCUCAAAGUCAGCGCAAUUUACAUGGGCCUCCAAGUCACCAUUAUCAACGCGGUUCUCGACAAUUCGUCCGUCCAGCCCGGGACGACGUACACGAUCCAGUACACCCUCACCCCGUACGAGGUCGCCUGUCGGAACACGAUGCGGGUCAGUGCCGAGUUAUUCAAUACGGCGGGUGACGUUGUUGAGGUCUGCGUCGCAUUUCAAGUGCACGUCAAUUGUGACGAAGAGGAGGCAGGGACCACGGAUGCCGUUCUUUAUUAGAUAUAAUAUUUAGAAUAUAAUCGGUCUUUAUCGCCUUUUCAGGCAAAUAAAACCCUAAGUUGCAAUACAAUGUUACAAGUAUAUCACAACGUCAAUUCCUCCAAACGCCAAAUAUUACAAAUUUCAAAAGUUUCAUUAUCCCAAUAAGUUAUAACAUUGUAAUAAUACCCAUGUUUCGUUAUAAAAUAAUGGCUCGUAUCAAUCAAGAAAUUUAUUCAAUGAUUAGCAAUUGUGAUGACGUGAAAGGUGUCCCUAAUUUGGGGCAUUAAAGAUUUUGAAACUUGUUAAAUUGUAAUUUUGUCGGCCAGCAAAAUAAUAAAUGUAGUACUUUUUUCUUGGGUUAA